AUAUGAACUUAAUCUUUCUAUGGAGCUGGAUGAUUACUAUUGGCAUUGGAAUGUUCCAGAUGGGAUACUGUAACGUAAUGUUCUCUUCUUUCCUUGACAUUCUUCAUAACCAACAUGAUGUCAAAGCUAACUCUUAUAUAAAAAAUGAAAACGACUUUAACUCUGUAAUAACCACAGCCGUGCCUGUUGGAGCAGCCCUUGGAGCAUUUACUGGUGGUAUUAUUGCCUCUAUUGGUCGGAGAGAAGGAAUAAUUCUUAUUAAUUUCCUCUUGUGAGUCGGUACAGCAAUCACGAUGAUCCUUGACUUCUUUGCACUCUUGAUCGGAAGACUAAUAGUUGGUUACUCUGUUGGAGUCCUAUCAGUGCUUACACCUCUCUUUAUAUCAGAGGUAUCUCCUGUUGAGCUCUCUGGGCCUCUUGGAACUUUAAGUCAGAUUAUGUGAACUGUGGGAAUAAUGAUUGGAUAUUUCAUGGGAUACCUUGCUCCACUAAAACUAACCCCUGAAGGAAAGGAAAAUCCUGCUAUAUUGUCAACAAACUCUUGGAGAUAUGUUUUUAUUAUUCCGGGAAUAAUAGCUAUAACACAUUCACUUCUUUUAUUAUUUGUUUUCAAAUACGACACUCCAAAAUAUUACCGCCAGGUUGGGAACGAAGUCAUGGCUAGGAAGGUUGAAUUAGAAAUUGAUCCAGAUAUUCACCAGAAAAAUAAUCUACCAAAAAAGGAAGUAGAAAAGGAAGAAAAAGUUCCUGUUUCUAAACAUUGCAGUCCUUUGUUUAGGUGGGCUCUUGUAAUUGGCUGACUACUGGCAGCCUUUCAGCAAUUAACUGGAAUAAAUGUUGUCAUAUUUUAUUCUAAUAAAGUGUUCGUAUCAGGAUCAGUACCUGGAAGGCAGACUUACAACGAUUUAGUUGAAGCCAGAACAGGGACAAUGAUAGUUGGUAUUGUGAACUGGGCUGCGACUAUGGUUACAAUCCCUCUCCUGGGCAGAUUAGGCAGGAAGGUACUACUCCUGAUAGGCCAUACAGGCAUGUUAGUCUCCCUCGUAGCUUUAGGCAUUUGUGCUGUCUUCAAUGAUAAUAUGCUUAUUAUUCUUUUCACCGUAACCUUUAUCGCGUUUUUCGAAAUAGGUGUAGGGUCAGUAUUAUUUUUAUAUGCCGCAGAAAUUAUGACGGAGAUAGGAAUUUCAAUGGCUUUAGUAGUAUGCUGGAGUUUGACCAUUCUAAUAUCACUUAUUACUCCAAGGAUGAUCCUUUGUCUCGGUCAGAAAGGACUCUACUUCAUGUUCGCAGGGAUUAACAUUGUUGGCUGGCUUUUCAUAUUGUUCUUUGUUAAAGAAAGUAAGGGAAAAUCUAAAGAAGAGCUAAAGAUGCUCUAUUCUUCAGAGGUUGAGUAUAAAUACGAGAUGAAAGAAAUGAGCGAUGAGAAGCAUCCAAAAGAUUAUUAAAAUUCAUUAAUUUC